AUGCCCCGAGCGUCCUCCUCGGGGCAACCUGAUCAACAUGAUGUCCGUCGCACAGGAUCUUCUUACUUCGCUCUUCCUUCCACUCCAGUGAUACAGCGGGGAGAUACUAUCUCGCCAUAUCGUCCGAGGGAGAAUGCUACUCUGGGAAGUACAAUCGGAACUUCGAAUACUUCCGCAUAUGGUACUCAUCUACGCCCAUCUAGUAGUAUACACGGGCUAAACCUGGCCGACGGACCUCCCAACAAUUGGUCAGCACUGCAAGAGCUAGUUGGUGAUGAUGACGUAGAAGAAGAGGAGCUAGCUGGAAGUAACAGGAUAUCCUCUCAGCCUAGUACGAGAAGUCUUCGAUCACUGUUCAUACCACCUACACCUAGGGAACAUAGGGCAUACCCGGUAAAUGUCAGACAGAAUAUAGAAGAUCUUCCCACUAUUACUGAUCAAUUGGUAGGAUCACCACCGCAACUCAAUGGCGGACCACCCAAUAACCCAUUUAUGGAACAUGACACUCAGAUGGAAGUGGAGAGCCGUCCGAGAUUCAAUAGAUUGCCUUCUUCACUUAGGAUCGGGUAUGGUGCGGCGGAAGAUGAUUCUCACGAGAGGAAUGGAGUGAAGUCGCCCUUGAUCAGUAAACAGACGAUGCCGAUACCAGAAGCGCAUAAAAGUGCCAAAUCACCGUCGAGAGUACAGACGAUUGGGAAAAGAGUAUGGCCUCCAACUCCAGUAUCCAUAGCGAUAUUCAAGUGCUCGCUAGCCUAUCUAGUCGCCUCGUUAUUCACCUACGUUCCUUUUCUGGCGGAAUUGCUGUCAACACAGACGGAGACGGACGCCCAUGGCAGAGUAACCUACAGACCUGCCAACUCAGCUCACAUGGUAGCUACUAUUGUUGUCUAUUACAAUCCCGCCAAGUCCCUUGGGAAUAUGCUGCUUUCCACGCGUUACUGCUUUCUUCUCGCCCUAUUUGCUUCGUUCGUAUCACUCUCGGCUAUAGGAACGAUUGAGAUUUUUGACCACUUUUCGCCUUCUCAUGGGAGCUCUUGGGAUUGGAUCAGCGAGAUGGGCGAUUGGGUAGUCUGCAUACUGUGGAUAGGAGGCUCGAUGAGCACUUUAGCUUGGUCGAAAUUAUGGGUGGGGAAUGCUAGUUAUAACACCGGAUGUUCGAUGGCUGCCAUUAUCAUUUAUAGUGUGGUGAUCAAAGAGGGAGCUUUCCCUAAGUUGAUGGAAGUUUUGUAUAUCGUGGCUGUCGGGGUGAUUAUAUCCAGCGUCAUCUGUUUUACCAUCUUUCCUUCAUCCGCCACCACCAAAUUUCAAGAUUCCAUGUCUCGCUCAUUAAAUUCCUACUCUACGCUACUCGACUUACUCACUUCAACGUUCUUACUCGAGAAGCAAGUCAUCAGAGGGAAUCGGGCAAGUUUGAAAGAUGCCAUCAACUCACAUUCGGCCGGGUUCAAAGCUUUGAAAGUCACUCUGGCGGAAGCCAAACAUGAGAGAAUUUUAGACUCACGUAUACGGGGGAGGAAGUUGCAUCUGUAUGAUGCUGCUAUAGCGAGUCUCGCAAGGUUAGCCCAGCACCUGUCAAGUCUUAGGGGAUCAACACGAUUGCAGGAGAGUCUGAUCAGAGCGGUGAAGGAAGGUAAUAUAUCAACUGAACAUUUUGUCCCGGGAUUUAAAGAGCAUAAACUAUCGAAGUCGAUCGUCAAUAAGAUGGAUGAUAGACCUGGUCCUGAGAUGAAUGACAAUACGGAUAUCGAGAAGAGCAUACGGCUGUUCAUGAAGUUCAGGUUGAUGGCGGGCGAUCAGAUGAAUGAUCUGAAUAAUCGAUGUGAUGAAGCUCUCGAAGCUGUCCAAUUACUUUCACAACAUGAUUUGCAUAAAUCACCCGUCAGCUUGGCAGAAAUCAGGGAAAACUUAGCUAAGUCGUUGAAGGAUUUCUCCAUUAGUAGCAGUAGAGCUAUCAAGAGGGUUUAUGCGGGACCGAAGAGACGAAGAGGGAUUUACGAGAAUGAUUCUGAGUCUUCUGAGGAUGACGAUCCGGACUCAUCUUCAUCUUCUGAAAGUGAAGAAGAUAAGGAGAAGAACGAAGAUCUCGAUAAGGGAAAUAUCAUUGGUGGUCCGAAUGAAACUGUCUUUCUGGUUUACUUUUUCCUGUUUACAUUCGAAGAGUUUGCCAGAGAAAUGCUGUUCCUUCUUGAAACCAUGCAAGAGAUUGUCGAUGUCGAACCUAUUUCAACUUGGGGUCAUCUGAAAUCGGUCAUUAUCAGAAAAAGAGGGAAGAAGGAGAAGCGGACUCAAUAUCUGUACAAACAGCUCCAUAACCUGGUCCCUAUCGACCCAUCGAAACUCCAACCACCACCUUUCCCUAAAAACCGAAAUGAUUCUGCUGGAACAGUGUUGAUACCCGAUAGACGAUCGUUAAAUGCAUGGGGAAGGUUCAAGCAGGCAUUCUGGAGAUUUGGCGAGAGAUUGAGAGAACCUGACGUGAGAUAUGCGAUAAAAACUGGAUUAGGUGGAGCUAUCCUCGCUGCGCCGGCAUAUACGGAAGCUGGAAGACCAUUUUUCCUUCAGUACAGAGGCGAAUGGGCUUUGAUAGCUUAUCUGGCGGCUAUUAGUCAGACUGUGGGACAGACCAAUUUCCUGUCGUUGGCGAGAGUCGGAGGUACAAUAGUCGGUGGUACCGUAGCCAUCAUUUUUACCAGAAUAGCACAAGGCAACAACGUCGUUUUACCUAUCCUGGGAUUCUUCUUCGCUAUCCCUUGCUUUUAUGUGAUCACUCAGAUGCCAGAUUACACAAACGCUGGCAGGUUUGUGCUCUUGACAUAUAAUUUGUCCUGCUUAUACACAUACAACGUGGGCGAACGAUAUAGUCUGACAGUCGAACAAAUCGCGGUACAGAGGUCAGCAGCAGUGAUCAUCGGGGUGCUUUGGGCUGCGGCCGUAUCGAGAUGGUGGUGGCCUUUCACAGCUAGACGGGAGUUGAGAUUAGGUUUAAGCGAUUUCUGCUUGGACCUUUCUUACCUUUAUUCUAGAUUGGUAAUGACAUACAGUAAAGGUGCCAACAACAUUGAAUUAGGUGGUGACCAACAGAACAGGGAUGAAGAAGAUGGAGAAACCACACCGCUGAUGGGGAAUGAAAUCCAUUUUCCACAUUUGAGUGCGAGUGUAAGGCAAUUUAUGGCUAUGGAGCUACACCUCCAAAGUCAGAUUCUAAACCUCCGCUCUCUCCUUGCUCAAACUAAGAACGAACCCCGUCUUAAAGGUCCAUUCGCUUUCGCAUUUUACAAUGAAGUACUGCUCAGCUGCGAGAGGAUGUUAGAUAAGUUACAUAGUAUGAGAUGUGUGACUACAAGGGAUGAAUGGGAUCAUGCAAUGAGGAAGGAAUUUGUCGUUCCUGUGAAUGGGGAGAGGAGGGAGAUGGCUGGACAUGUGAUUCUCUAUUUCUACACGCUUUCUGCAGGAUUCCGCACGCGUACACCUCUCCCACCUUACCUCCCUCCCGCAGAAGAAUCAAGACAGAAACUAAUUCGAGCUAUAAGAAGCCUAGAUGUCGUGAGAAGGAGAAGUGUAAGAGGCGGAGGGAGACAUCUGUUGUUCUUCGCUUAUGCUACUGCCAUGCAAGAAGUGAUUGCCGAGCUGGACUAUCUAGGUGAAAUGAUGCAAGAAGCGUAUGGGGUUAUAUCCCAAAGUACAAAGAAAGAUUUCGAGGAUUUGUUCGAAUUGACAAUCGAGCUUGAAAAUGAGGAUGGCAGGUUGAGGAGAGAAGCGGCAGAGGAUAUAGAUACGAUAAGAGUAGGGGAUGGAGAUGGUAAUCAAGACCUGAAAGGAAAGAAGACGAGUACUUGA